AUGCCUCCUUUGUCAAGAAAGAGACUUUCUAGAAACAGUGCCAAUCGUACACUAAGGAGUUUAGUAAGAGCUCUUACGGAUGUGGGCACUCCACGAGAGAGAUCUGUGUCGGAAUUAGCCUCUGAUAUGAGUAAGAGAAUCAGUCAGAGCAAACCCUCGACUUUCAAUGGUAAGGGGGAACCAUCGGAACUCGAGCUCUGGUUAAGGGAAUUUGACAAACUUUUUGAUGUGGUUGAAUGCCCAGAGGAACUGAAGGUCAACCAGGCUGCGUUUUAUUUGGUUGGUGAAGCCGACCAUUGGUGGGCAAAUAGUAGAUAUGGGUUAUUAGAACAAACUAAUGGAGUCUUUAAUUGGGAUUUGUUUAAAAGGGCUAUGCGAGAGCAAUUAUACCCUUUGCACGUGAGAAAAGAUAAGUCAAACGAGUUCGCUCGUUUGGAGAUGGGAGACAUGACUGUUGAUGAAUAUUACCGAAAGUUUAUGGAAUAUAUUUAG